UUUACAAUGAGGACGUUACCGAUUAAAAGCACGUCCGCAUGUUGCCUAGAAACAGCUUUUUUGCGUCUUCCAAACUUCUACAUUCACCAAUUCCACCGAUUCGAACGCACCAUUUUUUGAAAAGGCGAUGUUGAUAAUUCCUUAUAAAAUCAAGCUAGCAAUAAAAUAGCCAAAUAUGCUUCAAUAUAUUUUAAUAACUAUAGUUCUCUUAGUAUUGUACUAUAGUAAUAUAUAUUUUAAUAUUAGAUUGGAUACAAGAUGUUUAUUCGCGCAGCAUAAUUCGGUCUUCCCCUCUUCCAAUGCUGCAUUGGUGUCGUCCGCGCUGAAUUUGAAACGUGUAUCUGUAUUGAGUUAGCGUGGCUGUCCGACAGCGUGUACAGCCUCGGGGUAAAACCCAGGAGUAACUUGCAAGACAAGAGCUCUGUGAACACUGCAUGUUUUCCAGAGCACUCCAGCGAAAGGGAAGGCAGUGCGUCCCACUAAGCCGGUUUUUGGGAAUUCUUUUUUAAAGCAGGUUCUCUGUUGUUCAGGGUCUGCUGUGUUAACCUUUGGUGCCUUGCCUAUUGAGACGAGCGGAUAUGGAAUGUGACCCCUGCCACAGUCCAGUGGGUGUUUUGUGAAUAAGGCAAAAGCUGCACAGAAUAAGAAAAUAAGGGAAGACAAACAAAUAAAACUUGUCGUUUUCCUCAGUAUGCCCGUUGAAACUUUGUACGCAGACAGAAUGGUUAAACAAGUGUCGUGCGGAGCAACCUUCACCUCCGCCAUGCCUUUCCGGAUCCUCAACAAGGGGCCCGAGUACUUCCGCAGGCAGCUGGAGCCCAACUCCAAAAAGCUGAGCGCCGUGGAGAGACUGGAGGCUGACAAGGCCAAGUACGUGAAGAGCCAGCAGGUCGCCAGCACCAAGCAGGAGCCGGUGAAGCCGCCCCUGAUCAAGAAGGCUCUGAUGUCCCCCGGGGUCCUGCGCACCAUCAACACCCCCACCCGCAAGAUCCCCCUGGGCCUCCGGAGAGGCGAGGGCUGCGGCCGGAGGGGGGCCCUGAACAUCGACAUCCUUAACAACCUCAUCAACAUCUGCGACAGCCCCCUGUCCUCAUCGCCGUCCCCCAAAACAGAGACGGGGGGCUCCUCGCCGAGGGUGAAUGCUACGUGGGAGAAACAGCCAGACGGACAAGCCAAGCUCUCCGGCGGCUACAGCAACCUGUCCAAGGUGUCUCCGAAUUCAGUGACUGUGCGGAGGGUCGACGUGCGGCCCAACGCGGUGCAGCAGCAUCCUAAGCAGCAGCGGCAGCAACAGCAGCAGCAGCAGCAGUUUGUUCGACAAACCGCUCCUCGCGUCUGCAACCUUAUCCCACCCUCCUCCCCAGCCUACACCAGGAUUUCCUCCACCAGUUCCAGGAGUUCCAAAAGGGGACACCCCUCCUUGCAUCGCUCCAAAUCAGACCUGAGUGACCGCUACUCGCGGGCCACCGCCGACUUGGAGCGCUUCUUCAACUACUGCGGCCUGGACCCCAUGGAGAUUGAGAGCAUCGGCGUGGAGCGCUUCGCCCGGGCCAGCUCCGACAUCGUCUCCAUCAAGCUCCCCAGCGUCAGCACGCCCAGCUCGGAGCAGAGCUGCCAGACCGAGGAGAGAGCCAGCGAGCGCGAGCCCUACGGCAUCUCCAUCAUCGAGAGGAACGCCCGCGUCAUCAAGUGGCUCUAUGGCAUCCGCCAAGCGUGGGAGACACAGAAGGUGUCCAACGUGUAGCCCUGCUGCUGCCGGAGACAGAGACUUGUUUAGUGCCUGACUGUGCUUUCAAUAUUUCAUAACCAGAGACACUCGCGAGAUUCCAAGCUGCAGUGCAGUUCGCUUUUUCUGUUGUUUUUUGUUUUAUGAGAACCAUUCUUGUUGUGCUUUUAGGCAUAUUUUAAGGACAAACUGAGAGCUGAAAAAAGAAAGUAAACCAUGAAUGAAGCUGUAACACUAGGGCAACUGGCGUGGAAGAAAGGUCAGGUUAAACUGUAACUGAAAAGCUUAAAUAUUGAGAAGCUGCCCUUCUGUUCAAACAGGGCUCUGUGCCAAAGUGUAAGCUUAAUGCUGCUUGUAAAGCCUGAUGUCUUUAAGGUAAGAGAGUAAAGAAAAUGGUUUGCUUAGGGAGGGGUGAAAGGCUAAUACUAUGAUUGACAUGUGUAUUGACAUUUAUUUAAAGUUUGUUAUGAAAAUAAAGUUUGAAAAUACAAAGGAAAAAAAAGGACAUUUUCAUAAUCGCUGUGAAAUAAGGGCUUAAUAUUAAAUUCAGUUUAACAAGCCUCGUUCCUCCUGGCCUGAUCCCCAGGUAUCUCAAUUGGUCAUGUUACACUGUUCUCUGUGUGUGUGUGUGUGUGUGUGUGUGUGUGUGUGUGUGUGUGUGUGUGUGUGUGUGUGUGUGUGUGUGUGGUUUAUCAUGGAACUCUACAGGGCUUUCUGUGGUACUUUUAAAAUAAAGCUACUAACUUUCUAAUGGGGUUGCAUUCCACUGUGUUCUAUUUAUCUGGCUACGUUUUUGGCAAAGUGGUUGAAGCUUUGAGUUGUCUGUUUCGUUGUGAUAAACAGGUGGUAAAUGUAAGUGCUGAGGGGGUUUUGUGAAGGUGUCGUAUGUCAGGCAGUCUGUGUGUGUAUGAGGGAGUGAUCAAGCCGCUAGUGUUAAACAUUGAACCGGAGAGGAGAGGCUCUGUGGAGAUCUCACUGUAAACUGGGUGUGAAACACAGAUUCAAUGGGUCAGACCCAUUAGCUGGGAAGAUAAAGGGGAUGAAGUUUUCAAGAUGAGUAAAAGUUGUUGCAGGUAUCAGUAAGGACUCAAAGGUGUUGGGCAGAAAUUAUUUUUUGUUCUGUUUAGAAACAGAAGCGAUUUUAAGCAUAGAUUGUUUGUGUGUGUAUACAGUAUAGUGUGCAUUUGUGACAAAUCUGAAGUAUUUAAUCCAUUAAAGGAUGCUGUCCUGUCCAUUGCAUGACUAUCCUUUGCAUGGAACAGUGGCUUUUUAAUGGGUCACAAUGAGUGGCUAUUUGUUUUGCAGAUUCUCAGUGUAAUGCAACCCCCCCACACCCACACCCACACCCCCCACACACCCACACCCACACCCCCCCACACCCAUACCAGUCUAACCCAGUUAACAGCAGCUGAUGCAAAUGCACAUUUGUUUUUUUGGAGAGACGAUAGACGACUGAUUUAUUGUAAUUUUGUUUGGUCUUUUUCUGGCUUGGGACAAAUGUAAAAUGAAUACGGUACAUCCUGCUUCUGGUUUUUUAAAAAAAGUCUGUAGUUUCUGCAUGCUCUGUUUUGCUUAAAAGGCAGCCUGGGUCUGCUGCUGAAGAUGUGUUGGGCUCCUCUGUGAUUACUAGCUGUGUUUGUUUAAUCCAGAACAAUGUGAAUACCCUUGUGUGUAUAUUGUUUUAUUAGGAUGGGGUGAAUUGACUCUACAGGGUAAAUGCACUGUAUAGAAUAUGCACUGUCUGGUUUUCAUCAGCACUUUAUCAGGACGCAGUUUAAACAGACACAAAACCAAAGUGGUGUAGUUGUAAGAUCUUCCAAUCCUGCACUACCUGCAAACUUACUGAUGCUGCACUGCACGCUGUCAGUGGAGCGGGAUUGUGAUGAAAUCCAAUCCGUUGAUUUAAGAAAUCUCGAGAUGAUUAUUAUUAUUAUUAUUAUUAUUAUUAUUAUUAUUUAUUAUUAUUAUUAUUAUUAUUAUGUAUUUAUUUAUUUAUUUUCAGUUGUAAAUACCAUUGAUUUUAUAAUGCAAAUCAGAUAAAGGCUGUGAAAAUGUGACGGUGCAUAUUUUAAAUGUCUUUUGCACAACGAAUAUUUAGACCUAUUGGUGAAUAAACAGCUGGCAUGUUUAUCUUAAUAGUACAGACAUGAUCAGGUUUAACUAUCUACUGUCCUAUGCCAGCUGUUUUUAUUUACUCUGUUUUUGUUGAUCCUAUCCUUUUUUUUUUUUUCUUGUGCAAUACUUGAAUUCGUUGGUUCAAAAUUCAAUGUAGUAUGAAGUAAAUCUGAUGUCAUUCA